CCAUGGUCUUGUAAGUGAACCUGAUUGGCGCUGCUAGUGGUUGAGAACCACGCUUUGCCGAAAAAUCAAUAAACAUUUACGAGAUAUUCAAACCAAGAAAUAUCCAACGUCGGGGAAUGUAGAAAGGCAAGCAAGCGCUGGCUACUCUUCCUAAUGAUCAACAGGGGAUGUUGCUUCUGCUCAGAAUGGGACAAAAGGCUGGAUCAUCCCUUGGAGCUGAACCCACUAAGAGCAUCCAUUCUUGCUGAGGAGCAUGGCCCUGAUGAAAGAAGACUGAGCCUCACUACUGUGGGAUUUCUUUGGCUUAGCCAAGGCACGGUACCGGGCAGAGAAGCAGCUUCCCAGUUCAGUUGGUCCUGUUUUCUGCACAGGUUGGUCCUAUGAAUGUCCAAAACUAUUCCUCAGAGGGCUCUUCCAAAAACUUUUCCAAGGCAGGAGAAGUGGGGCCCUCGUCAGCAGAAGCGAUGGGUAGUGUGCGGGCCAGCCGCUACAGUGUCGUGUCCGCCAAAGAAGAUGGCGUCAAGAUGGCCACUGUGGCCGUGCCCAAUGGCCACAGGAAUGGCGAUGGCAAGGCGAAUGUGUGGCAGCAGGUGCCAUGUCGUUUCGUCAAGAAGGAUGGACACUGCAACGUGCACUUCAUCAACAUGAGUGAGAAAGGCCAGCGCUACAUAGCCGACAUCUUCACCACCUGCGUGGACAUCCGUUGGCGAUGGAUGAUAAUCAUCUUCUGCUUGUCCUUCUUGCUCUCGUGGUUGUUCUUCGGCUAUGUGUUCUGGCUGGUGGCCUUCUUCUACGGUGACUUGGGCAAUAGUUCCCAGCAGUGUGUCUCCAAUGUCAACAGCUUCAUGGCGGCCUUCCUCUUCUCUGUGGAGACGCAGACCACCAUUGGCUAUGGUUACCACCAUGUGACGGAACAGUGCCCCAUCGCUGUCUUUAUGGUGGUUUUCCAGUGCAUUGUUGGCUGCAUCAUCGACGCCUUCAUCAUCGGUGCCGUCAUGGCCAAAAUGGCUAGGCCCAAGAAACGCAACGAAACUCUGGUGUUUAGCCACAAUGCUACAAUAGCAAUGCGGGAUGGCAAGCUAUGCCUGAUGUGGCGAGUUGGCAACCUACGCAAAAGCCACCUGGUGGAGGCCCACGUGAGGGCUCAGCUACUCAAGUCCCGGACCACCGCCGAGGGGGAGUUUAUCCCCCUAGACCACUUAGAUAUUGAUGUGGGAUUUGACACUGGCAUAGACCGGAUCUUCCUUGUAUCCCCCUUCACCAUCGUCCAUGAGAUCAACGAGGACAGUCCCUUCUAUGAAAUGAGCAAGCAGGAUUUUGAGACUGCUGGAUUUGAGAUCGUAGUCAUCCUGGAGGGCAUGGUAGAGGCCACGGCCAUGACGACCCAAUGUCGCAGUUCCUACCUGGCAGGGGAGAUCCUCUGGGGACACCGCUUCGAGCCUGUACUCUUCGAGGAGAAUAACUACUACAAGGUCGACUACUCUCGUUUCCACAAAACCUAUGAGGUGCCGAGUACUCCGCUAUGUAGUGCGCGGGAGCUUGCUGAAAAGAAGGAUAAUGAGUCCAACUCUAACUCUUUUUGCUAUGAGAAUGAAGUGACAAUGAUGGACAAAGAGGAGAUGGAGGACAAAAGCGAGUGCAGCAAUGAUGGGAGCAGUUCACAGAAGGAGUUAGAGCGCAAUCUCUUCCUGACGUUCAGACGAGAAUCUGAGAUUUGACUGCACAGAUGAUGGGGAGGGAGUUUUUAAGCAUUGAGUGUUCAUGAAAUAACCGGUGAGGUAUUAUUAUUGGAUAGUCUAAGAAACAAACUGUACCCCCCCUCCCACUUAGAAGGACUGGAAAAAAACACAGCACUAGGACAGAGUGCUGUGAGGUUGUGCACAUAGUGAUGGAGAUUAUUCUCCAAACAAAUGUUAUGCAUGUGUGUGAAAAAGGUCACAGAACAGCAAAGAGACAAAAAAGGGCAGGAUGCUGUCGAAAUUUUAAAUAACAGGCAUGCCUUACAGGUCACCUGCCUGUUGAAUAACCAGACCAAGAUGGGUUAAGUAACAUUGGUUCCCUGUUUACUCAUGUUAUUAGAUAUUGCUGCUAUACGAAAUGCUCUAAAUUUUACGUUUAUUCAUAUUAAGGGGAAAAGAAUUGUCGAGACAAUAAAGUAGCACUUUAAAAGGAGCAUGUGUGUGAAAACACAAUAUGCUUCUAACAUCUUAAUUUGUUAUCAGAAAGCUGUCCUGUUUUUUGCACAUAAUCUGUUAGAUUUAGGCUGCCUGACGGCAAGACUACUGUUUAGCUAUUGAUACAGGCAUGGCAGAAGAGAGACUCACUCUUGUACUGCACAGCAGGGAACACUAUUUGUUUUUCCAGGAGAGAAACCUCACUCUUGUACUGUCAUCUGGGGUCUUGUGUGCUUCAUUAGACCAGGUCUUUGUUAGUUCCCUGAGUGCUCUGUGAGGAAGUGUGCAUCUACCAGUCUCCUGAAGGCAGCCAUCGUCUACUCACUCCAAAGUCAAUGCAGAAAAUUGACAGCCAGCCAAAAAGCAAUUUGAAAUUCAUCCUGUCUUUUGUGAUACGAUGGCUGUAAUCCCAUCUAUUUUUUUUUUAGAUGUCACUUGAUCUGUUAAUGAGCUGGUAUCUUAACAGAGGGGCUGAUAAUAAGCAUGGUUGCUUUUCUUACAAUUUGGAGAUGAAUGCGACAUGAUCUUUUCUUUUCACGGAAAGUUCCAUUCUUAUUCAGUGAUUGCAGGUCAUGCAUGGUGAGUGGGAGUGUGUGUGUGGGUGGUGGGGGUCACAAGAACUUAUUUAUAGUACAUGGUUUGGCCUAUCUUCCUCUUGUCAGAUUCUAUCAUUACUCUGCAAUAUGAUACCAUACUUUCUAAAAGGCCAUACCUUUUAAAAGAAAUAAUCCUGUAUAUUACACAGAAAGAAUAAUUAUAUAUAUAAUUGUUCAACAUGCACAAGAGACACAUGCCUUACAUGUUUGGUUAUGUUUGAAAGACUAUUUUUAAUUCCUGUCAUUGUAUGAGGAGCAUUAAAUGUCAGACUCCACCCAGCAGCACCAUGAGAGAUGGCCUAAGCCUGGCUGGUUAUAUGGUCACAUGCCUGUUUCUGACUGGUGGUUUUGGGGUGGGCAACCCCCUAAUAUUAUGGUGAACCCUCUUUGGCAGUAGGCAGCGGUGUAAAAGUAGAUUGAAUUAGUGAAGAAUUAGGAAAUGACACGCUGCGUGGCUCUGAGGCGGGCUGGAUGUGAGUGGAUGCAAGUCCACAGCGAUGAAAGGAGGAGACUCAUGGUUCAAAUGUACCAAAAAAAAUCAAAACUGGGGAUUAACAUUUAGAGAAGAUCUAUUAAUUUAAUGCCAAAUAUGCUACAUAUAUGAUAACAGAGGCUACAGGUUACCAGACAUUAAUAAUAUCUCCGUCAGGUCUUGGAGAAUUAUUGUAUGUGUGUCACAAGUAUAACUAUUAGGAUGGAACCAUUUUUAGAACGUUACCUUGGAAACGGCACCACUGAUAUCCAAAUUCCACGGUUCCCUUUCAGGUCCUUUAGUAGUCUGGUAUCCUGAAGUCUUUCUCUGAGCACCCUAUGGGAGGCUUUUCACACAUGACACAGCGUCACUAGGCCCGAGUCCAGAUCAGUUAAUAAUGGGUCCUGCUCCAAACGCCAAAGCAGUAAGAGAUCCCCACACUCGGUCUACACUUCUAACCUACCACGGUUUGUCUGGAGAGAUUCUGGAAGAAUUUCGUCUCCUGCUCAACCCAAAUCACCAAUUGAAGGUGUAACUUUAAACUCUGUCAGAAGGCCCUUCCCAUGUGCAAUCUAUUUUGUAACAGUCUUCCUACUGUAUUGAAAAUACACACAACGCACAGAUUUUUAUAAAACAGAUAAUAUAAUAAUUGUUAUUGUUGUAUGUCUUUUUCAAUAAAACAGAAAUUAUGAAAACA